AUGAAAUUCCGCGAUGGCAUGUGGCUGGUCAAUGACCAGUUCACUGUCCAGCACGCUGAAGAAGUGUACGCCAUCACUCCUCGUGACGACAACAAGGCUGUUACACUUCUCUGCCCUACCCGCAAGAUUCUCUCUCGUGGUGAUACGCUAAAUCUCAGCACGCUGUCUGUUGAGAUUGAGUCUCAAUUUGAUGGAGUUAUCUCGGUAGAAGUCACCCAUUUCGCAGGUGCACGGCGGCUCGGUCCCGACUUCGAUCUCUUUCCGGCAGGUAAGCCGGAUGCUCAGGGCGAAGUCACGAGAAAUAGCCAUGGCACUACCAUCAAGUCCGGAGGUCUGAGCGCUACAGUCAGUGGUGACGAACACAGUUUUGGUAUCAAGUUCCAUGCGACUGACGGUUCGAAACACUUGACAUCGUUACUCAAUCGAAGCGUUGGGCUUGCUUACUCUCCAACUCUCAGCACACCAAAAGCUGUUGAGGAUUUGAGUGCGCACAAACAUCAUGUCUUCACACAGACUGAAUUGAGUGUGGGCGAAACAAUCCAUGGACUGGGUGAGCGAUUUGGCGCUUGGAACAAGAUCGGUCAGAAUGUUGAAGUUUGGAAUGAAGACGGAGGCACAUCGAGUGAACAGGCAUACAAGAACGUCUCUUUCUGGCUGAGCUCUCGAGGAUAUGGUGUAUUCAUUGAUACACCUGACAAGAUUGAUCUGGAAAUUGGAAGUGAGCGCUGCUCACGACUUCAAACUACAGUAGAGGGACAGCGAUUGAAGUGGUACCUCAUCUACGGACCUACGCCCAAGGAAGUAUUGACAAAGUACUCCAUACUCACAGGUAAAGCAACCCGGGUACCAGCCUGGUCCUACGGUCUUUGGCUCAGUACUUCCUUCACGACAUCUUACGAUGAGAAAACUGUCCAUCACUUCGUCGAGAAGAUGUCCGAAUACAAAAUUCCGGUUGAAGUCUUCCAUUUCGACAGCUUCUGGCUCCGCGCGUUCCACUGGUGUGACUUUGUUUGGGACCCUGAGUCAUUCCCGGACCCUGCUGGUCAGAUCACUCGUAUGAAGGAGACCGGACUUGUUAAUAAAGUCAGCGUGUGGACCAACCCAUAUAUUGGACAAGCCAGUCCAGUCUUCAAGUAUGCGGCCGACAAGGGCUAUCUGCUUAAGAAGACUAACGGAGAUGUUUGGCAAUGGGACUUGUGGCAGACUGGUAUGGGUAUCGUCGAUUUUACAAAUCCUGAGGCUUGUGAAUGGUUCAAAGGAUGCAUGAAUAAGCUAUUCGAUAUGGGCGUCAAUUCCAUCAAGACGGACUUUGGUGAGAGGAUACCUACGAAAAAUGUACAAUGGCAUGACAACAGUAUGGACCCAAGCCGGAUGCACAACUAUUAUGCGUUCAUCUACAACAAACUCGUCUUCGAAGCUGCUCAAAAGCGAUAUGGAGAGAACGAAGCCAUUCUAUUUGCACGCACUGCAUGUGCAGGGUCUCAACGCUUCCCACUCCAAUGGGGCGGUGAUUGCGAGUCCACACCUGCUGCACUCGCCGAAUCGAUCAGAGGAGGCUUGAGUUUAGGCCUUGCAUCCUUCGCCUUCUGGACUAGUGAUAUUGGUGGAUUUGAGGGAAAACCCGCACCAUGGAUUUACAAACGAUGGGUUGCAUUCGGAUUGCUGAACUCUCACAGUCGUCUCCAUGGCUCAAGCUCUUAUCGUGUACCAUGGCUGGUAGAUGAUUCUUCUACGGAAAAGGAAAACUGCACAGAGGUGUUGCGACACUGGGUGCAGACGAAGCGUACCCUGAUGCCGUAUCUAUACGCCCAGGCGGAAGAAAGUAUCGCAAAUGGUUGGCCAACCAGCGUACGUGCAGUCGCUCUGGAGUUCCCCGAAGAUCCAACUUCGUGGCACAUUGAUCGCGAGUUCAUGGUUGGAAGCCAGAUCCUGGCAGCUCCCAUCUUUGAGGAGAACGGCGACGUUGAGUACUACCUCCCACCCGGUAGCUGGUACAACUUCUGGAAUGGGGAAGAACUUCAAGGUGGUCGUUGGAUCAAAGAGAAGUAUGGAUUUCUACAGCUGCCAUUAUUUGUCAGAAUGGGUACUAUCUUAGUGUUGGGGCAAGCAGAGGGCGAGGGCGGCUUUGGCUACGACUGGCUCAACGCCGGAGGUGAAGUGAGACUGUACGGCACAAAGGAAGGGGACAAAGCAGCCCUUGUUGCACCGAAUGGAGAUGGCAAGGGUAUGCUAGAGAUCGAUGCUAAUGGCCAGCUGCAAGGUCUCAAUCUGCUCGGAGGAGACUGGAAAGUCACGAAGCUAGGUUAG